AUGCAGGAAACUCGCGAGACCGAGGUUGGCUUUUACCCAAAACAUAUCGAAUUUGGUGGAAAAUUGAUCUUCUUUGACACAUUUUAUGCUUCGACUUGUCGAGGGCUUACAAAAAUCAUCUCAAUUGCUCUAUGCUUUUCGGCGAUCGUUUUGGUGUGUGCGAGUCAGCCGGUUCAUGAUGAACGAGGCCCGGCACUAUUUUUUGCGUUUCUGGCAAUUGUUGGUAGUUUUGCUAUUCUUCUUGAAUACACUUUUAUGCUGAAUACCAAGAUUACAACCACAUUUGCCUUUAUAUUUGAAGCUGUCUUCUAUGUAACUGUUGCUGUUGGUCUUUUUGUCUCCGCAAUUUUUAUGAUUAUAUUUUGUGCUAAUCAUUGGGCGGAUAUGAAUCCAGAAUGGGCGACCAUGCCAUCCCUUGCGGCGGGAGCUUUACUUCUUUGCAGUGCGCUUUAUGUCGCAGAAAUAUGUAUUUUGGUGUCAGACGCUCGUCGUUGCUCAUGGAGGCCCUCAAACUCUCGGCCGGUUACCACAGUUUUACCCGAAUAA